CUCACACGCUCUAUUCUUAUAUCUCUAUGGAAAUUACAUAUGGUUACGUAUUACUUUUCUUCAUGGUAACAUUAAAUACUCUCGAUUAUCAUUACGAUUGUAGAAGCAUGUGGUAAUAAUAGGAGUCAUUUUAGCACAAAAUGUAAGUACAAAAUUACUAUAAACUAAAAAUCUGAAAGAACAAAUGUUUUACUCAUAUUUGUAUAGGUUAUGAUCCAGUUUUGAUCAGUUGAUUAGGAUUAGGUUAGAAAUAGUUUUCAGUAUUCUUAUGUAUUUAUUUGUUUUAUAUUUAGGUCGAAGAAAAUAAGCUACUGAUUAAAAUUAAGGUUAAAAUUAAUUAUGCUAUUUAUUAUUUAUCCAUUAAGAAGCUGUCAACACUUAUCAUGCAGCUUUGUGCCAAAACUUUCUGUCAUUAUGGGUUCUGCCUUCCUAAGGCAGAAAUCAAUAAAAACUGGGUAUAUGGAAGAACCAGUGCAAACCAGCGUGAAAGAUGGUCAUAAACGAGUUGUGACAACUCUAACAGCUCCUUUUCUUGCUGAGAAAAGUGUUGCGUGUAAAGUUGAAAAAGAUACAUGUAAAAUAGACAAGUCAGAAUGGACACCUAUAAUAGUCGAUUAUACCAAGCUUCACAAGCACUAUCUCAAAUUAUCAAAGAUCAAAUUAACGUGUAUGUCUCUUGUCGUAGCAACAACUAUGGCUGGAUAUGCAUUAGCUCCUGCACCAUUUGACUUUUAUACAUUUAUAAUGUGUUCUUUAGGCACAGGCUUAGUUUCUGCCUCUGCAAAUACAAUUAAUCAAUUUUUUGAAGUACCUUUUGAUGCACAGAUGUCGCGAACAAAAAAUCGAGUACUAGUACGUGGUCAUUUAACGCCUGUUCAUGCAGUCGCAUUUGCAGCAAUAUCGAGUAUUAUUGGAUUAUCUAUACUUUAUCAUGAAAUAAAUGGUAUGACGGCAAUACUAGGUGCUAGCAAUCUUGUAUUAUAUACGCUCAUAUAUACACCUAUGAAACGCAUCAGUAUUGUGAACACGUGGGUUGGUUCUGUUGUGGGUGCUAUUCCCCCUCUUAUGGGCUGGGCAGCUUGCACUGGUAGCAUAUUGACACCAAGUGCUUGGAUUUUGCCUGGUAUUUUAUACGCAUGGCAAUUUCCACACUUUAAUGCUCUUUCGUGGAACUUAAGACCAGAUUAUUCACGAGCCGGCUAUCGAAUGAUGGCUGUUACAAAUCCAGAUUUAUGUCGUAGAACAACUGUAAGAUACACGGCGAUUCUAAUAACUCUGUGUUAUUUAGCUCCCGUGUUGGAUGUAACUCAUUGGUGGUUUGCACUGGCUUCGACACCAAUUAAUGCAUCUUUCUUGUAUCUAGCUUGGAAAUUUAAUAAGCACUCAGAUAGUGCUAAUUCUAGGAAAUUAUUUCGAUUUUCAUUACUUCACCUACCUUUGUUGAUGAUGCUGAUAUUCUCAAGUAAAAAGUAUUGGGCCACCAUGGACAAACAGGGAGAUCAAGUUGAAUCUUCUCACAGCGAAUCGACAAAGAAGAAUAAUUUAUUGACUAUUUUAACUACAACACCUAUUGCUACAGCAACUUCCUCUGUGUAAAAGUAGUAAAAAUUGUGAAAAUUUUGUUUGUUGAACAUGUCAAUGAUAGAGUACAAAUUAUUACAAUAUCAUAUAAAUUGUAGAUCUCUGAGAGUUUUACAUUGCCUCAUUAGCUUUUCAAAAUACGAUAUUGUAUAAAGUAGACUGUAUAUAUGUCAAUACUGGACUUGUAUUAUCUAGUGUUAUUAUAACUUGAUAAACAAAAAUGUAACAUCAGAUAUUCUCAUGAAAAAUGAUAAUAAAAUUCAGUCCAGAAGCAAAA